GGUAUGAAUGAGGAUUACGCAAAUAUAGCAGUGAGUGAAGCUCUCAUACAGGGUAAUAUUAAAUCGCUUAUAUCUCCUCUUCACUUUAUUGUCAUUCCUUCCAAGGGGUACCCCCGUGCAUGUCUACCUGCUUUUUUGCCUAUGUCCGUGGAAAUCUGUAGGGAAUUUUGCCAGAUAUCACGGAAAAUUGUUCUCUCAGUUCACUUUUCACAAAGAGCUAUGGUCAUCAUCAUCACCACUACCAUCCUCUGGCGGCCCAUUCUGUUGUUGCUUCCCGAGGAACUCCUUCCCCGGACAUGUAGGAAUGCUGGCAGCACUUGUUGCUUGCCUCAAGUGUUGUAUGUCACACUUUACCUUGUGUAUUUAGUUUGAACACACAUGGCCUGGUGCAACAAUAAAGCAUGCUACUUGUUGCCAAAUUGUUGCCACGAUGAGAUCCCACUUUUAGUCUCCAUGAUCUCCACCUCUCUGCCCUUCUCCAUUUCCCCUCUCCUCCACUCUACCUCUCCACUUCCUGGUAAGAAGCCCGCACGCGCUUCCCCUUCCACACCUUUUAGAACGAUCUCCUCACAGUCACUGGCGCCCAUCCUCCUCCCGCCGCCUCCACCGCUUUCACUUUCGCUGUCAGGUUACCAGCAUCACCUCUUCUUCUCCUCCUCCUCCUCCUUCUUCCUCCUCCCUCUUCCUCCCUCCUCAUCUUAUUCUCCCACUUCCUUUUUUUCCUCUUCUCCUGCUUACUGACGCCCCCUUACGCCCCUCUUCUAGACGAUGCGUGUGAGCGACCACGAGACGGUGCACAUCUCGAGCCCCGAGUACCCCGACUACAGCGACGCCGCGGUGUGCCACUGGCGCCUCGCGGUGUCGCCGCCCCUGCGCCUCGCCCACUUCGCGCUCAACUUCUCCAGCUUCCGACUUCCCAGUCCGGACGACCGGGGCCUGUGUACCCGGAGCGUCCUGGAGGUCGACGAAGUCCCGGAUGACAAGAGAGACUUCGUGAGCAAGUCUGUGAAGAGCAUGUGCGGGAGCGCCGUUCCCGAGCCCUUCGUCGUCACAGCAAGGGCCAUUGUCCUCAGGUUUUCUUCGGGAAUCUUCUACCCGCGUCCGCACAACGGCGUCGGGGGAUUCAAGCUGACUGUUCAGACCAGGCCGGCCGAGAUACUGCCGCCUCCUCCAAGGACCCUGAAGGUGGGCGAAAUCUUGACCAUAGUCUUGGGCUGCAUUCUCGUCCUCACCAUCUGUUGCUUUGUCUAUUACAUCAUGAAGCGGCACCGGUUAGAGCGGCGCUGGAUCUUGCAGCGCGAGGUGAUGCAGCAGCGCCUCGCCAGCCACCACGAGGCGAACUUGACGUCCAUGCUGACCGGCCUCGAACUCGUUCGCCAGACUGGGUUGGCGAGGCCGCUCGGGGGGGCGGGGGGGUCAUCGAGGACCCGCCUCCCGCUCCCGACGGAAAAGAAGGAAGGGCCAGACGCCCCCGGAGGCCAGUACCAGCCCUACCGACCCGCCCCUCCGCCCACCCUCCCUCCCACACCCUACGGGCGCCAGGCAAAUGCGGUUGGAAACGAGGAUGAAAUGCCUUUGUACAUGGAACUGGAGCAGCUUAAGAUGAAAGACUCGGGAGUUUGCUUCUUGGAGCAGUCUGCAUGUCACUCCUCGUCGGCCGGUGACACGCCCAGAGGAGGACGCCCUUCGACCAACAUCACGGUGUCAGACAGCUGUUCUUGUGCGCAUUCUGCGUGCCAGGCGUGCGUUUCUCCACGCCAAGGCACUGCGCCCUGCCACGCGAGCCGGAAGCCUCCGCGACAAGCCUCUACAAACCUGCUGAACCCCGCCGUGAACACAGCCAGUCCGACCUACAUUUGCGCCAACGCUCUGGACGGCUCCGUGACCUCGGCGGACGCUGGGGAGAGCAGGGCCUCGGGCAGCCCCAGCGGCGACUCGAAGUGCCACCGCCCCAGAGGCCUCUCCCAGUCCUCCUUGCUCUACCCGAAGCUCUCCCUGUCUCCCGCGGAGGCAAGGACGCCGGCCUCGCUCUCCUCCAGCUGGUCCAGGAGGCGGUGUCACAGGGCCUCCCACGCCGAAAACCACAGCAGCGGCCUGUUGUCCCCCUCAAGGAGCUGGUAGUGAUGUCCCACGGAAAGGGGGCCGGUGAGGAGGCAUCCCGAGGAAUGAGGAGCCAGAUCUCUAGCGGCAGCAUCACGGCCUUCGCGAAGGGUGACGCUUCCAGAAGACCGCACGAGCCAAAGGCUGUCGAGGAGAACCACAGUCGAGCAGGCAGCCAAAGCUGCGAGGAGCGAGAACGAGCCCAGAGCAGUUUGGAAAGCGUCUUCUUUAGCGGUUCGUCUUGCCCCCCCCUUCUCUCUCUC